AUGGCGGAAGACGCGACGGCGCCGUUGCAGCGGAUCCGCGUGCACGAUGCGGCGUUGUACACUGACCUCAUGAAUGCCGCGGACUGGAGCCGCGUGGUGGAGCGCGAGCGCGAGCGCGAGCGUCUUGCGGCCCGUCGCCAACACGAGGCAGAGGAGUGGCAGCUGCAGGAGCAGAUGCGGUUAGAGGAGGCGCGGCUGCAGGCAGCGCGGGACACGGCGGCUGCGGAGGCGCGGCGCCAGCGACAGGCCCGCGAGGACACGCAGGAGCAGGAGCAUGCGGAAUUCACGCGCCGGCUCAACGCAUUCAUGCAGAACCACAAGGAGCUCACCGCUCUUUGUGCGUGGCAGGAGUUCCGUGACGGCACGCACGCGCGGCGCGCUGUGGAGAACCGGCAACGCGCCUGGGAGGCGGAGGUGAUAAGGCCGGUGCAGGAGUUCAUUGACGCCCAGCUGGAGGACGUGUGCGGGGAGCGGCGGCGGGCGCAGCUGCGGCAGCAAAUGAUGGCCGCGUUCCUCGAGGAGUGCAACCGCAGCGAUCGCCUUGGCGGCCCCCACGCUGUCUACCGCGACCUCGUGGACGAGGCGCGGUACGACCCCCUGCAGCAGCUGCGGGCCUGCACCAUCCGCUACCCCGCGCCCAGCCGGAGAGAGACGGACGUCGACGCACGGCGGCGGGAGGCGCGUGGGGUGCAGCGGAGGUACGCCCAGCUGGCACUCGACUACCGCGCCCUGCUGCGGGAGUCCGCCACGGGCGUCUUGUCGGACCCACCUCCGCCGGCAGCGACGCUCCCAGCCCGCGCCGGCGCCCCCGAUGCGCCGCUGCCGUCGUCGUCGUCGUCGUCGUCGUCGUCGAUUAACGACCCCCUGCAAGUGCCGCGGGCUGCGACGAGCACCGCGGGCGACGCCGCGCCGUCGAAGGGGGGGCCGACGGAGAGCCACUGCGACGCCGCCACGACCCGGACGGCGCGAACGACGGUGAUGCCCCCGCUGCAUCAGCCGCCGUCGCCGCAGGACCGUCGCCACCUGCACUACGGCGUCGACGUGAAUGUGCCCGAUGCCCUUGCGGAGUGGAUGGCGGAGCGACGUGCGCCGCGGACGCGCGAGGACGACCUCCCCGUGACGGACUGGGCCCGCUUCCCUGAGACGCUGCUAGGCUGGAUGGCAACCGCCGACGGCGACCUCAAGCCGUGUGUCCAGCGCCGCAUCGACGCCGCAAGGCGGGCGCAGCACUCGGAUGUUAUGUUCGACCACUACGAUUUCCCGCGCGGGCUGGAGGGGCCGCUUCACACGGGCAAACGUGUGGUGUGA